GCGGUGAACAUCUGGCUGAGAGUGAUGUGUGCAUGUGUGUGAGAGGGAAACUGCGGCCGAGAAGAUACUGAGAGGAAACUUUUAUGAUAAAGGAAACCUUGUGAAGAACCUGCUGUUGGCGUUUGGGUCUGUCAAAGGCCGAUCGGAGCUGAAGCAUGGACAGUGAAGUGGAAGCAAUGAACACCAGCCUUGACAGUCCUCUGAGCCCCAGGCACCUGACCGGGUUGGGGAUGAACUGUCUUCUUGGCCAAAAGUACAGACACUCUGGGCCCGGCCUCGCCAGUCCUCAGGAGUACAACCAGUGGCUGCCUUAUCGCCAUGACGCCAGCCUGCUGCCCAUGAAGGAAGACCUUGCCUUCUGGCUCAACUACAUCCUGGAUGUGGACCUCGCAGCAGACAGUCUGAUGGAGAGGUUGGAUAACGGCGUUCUCCUCUGUCAGCUGGCACAGCUGCUCCAGGACAAGAUGAUGCACACCAACAAUGGCAAGCCUUCAAUAAGAAGAGUGAUCCACUGGCGAGCUGACGCAACUUCUGGAUCAUUCUUCGCCCGAGACAACACCGCCAACUUCCUGUACUGGUGUCGAAAGAUUGGCGUUGAUGAGGCUUACCUUUUCGAGUCAGAAGAUUUGGUCCUUCACAAGCAACCGCGGGAGGUGUGCCUGUGCCUGAUGGAGCUGGGACGGAUUGCAGCCAGGUUUGGAGUGGAGCCUCCGGGGCUGGUGAAGUUGGAGAGGGAGAUAGAGAGGGAGGAGGCGGGGUGCUUAUCUCCAUCCUCCCCUCUGCCCUUCUCCUUUUUUCCUCCAACAUCAUUGUAUUCUCCAUCACAAUCAUCCCUACCCCGCGCCACCUCCCCUCCUCCCCCUCCACCUGCGCCCCUCACUCCGAGCACAACCGGUCUGUCUGAACCCCUCGCUGCCUCCCUCGCCUCUGAUCUUCCAUCAGCCACAACAAACCCAGUGUCUACAUGUUUAUCCCCUCCUCAGUCCUCCCUCUCAGCCUCUAACCCCUGUACAACCACAGCCUCUACACAAACACCUUUGUUCUCUUCAUCCUGCACCGCUGACACAUCUGCCUCAGCUCCACCGUCCGCACCCUCGCUGAGCCAAACCCUGGUAUCCACCACCAAAGUCUCCUCCACCACAAUAAUUAGCCACACUCCCACAGCUACGCCUCCCAUCACCUCCCCACCUGCAGCUCCUCGCUCCUCCAAAAGAUCCACAACCCGGAGGAGCACAGGCCCCAACAACAUUUUGGAUGAUAUUGUGAGGAACAUUAUAGAAAACCCUGCCUGCAGCUGUGCCACCAGGUUCCUUGUUGAGAAGCAACCUAAGGGCUGCUACCGUGUUGGAGACAAAGUCCUCUAUAUACGAAUGCUGAAUGAGCGUCAUGUGAUGGUGCGUGUGGGCGGAGGCUGGGAGACCUUCAUAAGUUACCUGCAGAAACACGACCCCUGCAGAGGGGGUGGACCUGUUGGCAGAUCUGAGGUCAGGGUCUGCAGGGACAAAGCAAAGUCACCCAGUGUGAGCAUCUCACCUGACAGCUACAUGGUGGUUGGUGCUCAUUACCGGAACAAGAAGUAGACUCUCAAACUGCUCUGAACAUCUCACUUAAUCAGACCAAACUGUGCGACAUCAGUGAUUUAACAUAUUGCUUUUUACCUCAAGUUUAAAAGGAGCUCCAAUUCUUUCUAUUUAAGGUCCACAGUGUAGGAUUUAGAGUGAUAUAUUGGCAGAAACAGAGUAUAAUAUAAUGUCUUGAGUAUAUAAUCAGCUCAAAAUAAGAAUUGUGUUUUCUCCAGAAAGGGCCAUUCACAUGUUCAUGUUUUCGCUUUUUCGUGUCGGCCAUCGUAGUUAGCAGCCCCCCCGUGAGAACUCUGCGGAUUAUUCAGCUCCUGGUAAAGACUGUCUGAAUAAUGAACACCCAAGGAAAUCUAACCAGGAGUUCACACUUGGCACAUGGGAGAAGUUUCAGCUGGUUGCAAUCUGCAUUACUCACCACUAGAUGCCACUAAAUCUCCCUAAAUCUUACACACUGGACCUUUAGAAACUGUAGAUAUAACUGGUUCAUACCUGAUUGUUAUCGGUAUAAGUUAUCCAACCUACAGUACAGGAACAACUUGGCAACAAAGCUAUGUCUGUGUAGUAUGCAACAAUUAGUCAAUGAGCAUAAAAUUAAUCUUCAGGGAUCUUAAUGAUCGAUUGAUCAUCUCGGUCACUUUUUAGGGACAAUCCAAACAUUUGUUUGUUCCAGCUUCUUCAAUGGGAAGAUUGGCUGCUCUUAUAUGUGAUAACAAACUGAAUGUCUUUUGGUUUUUGACCAAUGAUUGAACAAAACAAGCAAACUGAAUACAUACGAUUUGACUUUAUAACAGGAAUUUCUCACUAUUUUCUGACAUUCUACAGAUUAAAUGCAAAAUAGAGAAAAUAAUCAGCAAAUUCAUCAGUAACGAAAAUAAUUGUUAGUUGCAGCAUAGGCAGAUUAUGACAUAAUGGAUGAUUGGUACAACACAUGGUUGUUUCUCCCCACAGAGCUGAAGGGCCAAUACUGCAUAGACCAGUGGUUCCUAACUGGUCCAACCACAGGGUCCAGAUUUCUCCUCAGUCAUUAGUUCAAGGUCCACACAGUUUAAUACAUUGGACAUCAUACUCGCAUUUGGCCAUGACGUCGAUCUAGUUUGCUGUGUCUGUUAGGUAGCUGUCUGUUAGUCACUCACUCUACAGCAGAAAACAGCACUUCAAAAUAAAAGC